AUAAAAGUAGAGCCACAGACAUAUCUCCUCUCUGUUCCGAGAAGCAAACAGAGCACGAAGCCGACGAUGACGCGGACUACUCAGCUCUUCCCUCUCGUCGGCGCCGCCAUCGCGGUUUCCUUCCUGUCAGCGGCGGCCGCGUCCAACACCACCACCUCGUCACUCCAAAGCCUCCUCGCCGAAGUGUCGCAGUGGCGGGAAACCCAGCUGGGCGACCCUUCCUCGUCCCCGGGCGGCGGCGCGGCUCAUGCUGGCGUGCGGCCGAACAUCGUCGCGUCAUGGGUGCUCUCCUUCCUGGCGGCGUCCGUGUCGAGCGCCGGCGGCGUGGGCGGCGGGUCGCUGUUCCUGCCCAUCUUGAACCUGGUGGCGGGGCUGGGCCUGAAGCGCGCCACCGCCUACUCGUCCUUCAUGGUCACCGGCGGCGCGGCCUCGAACGUGCUCUACAACCUCGCGUCAAGGUCAAGCACGGGCACGGGCGGCGGCGGGAGGCUGAUCGACUACGACAUCGCGCUGCUGUUCCAGCCGUGCCUGCUCCUGGGCGUGAGCAUCGGGGUGGUGUGCAACGUCGUGUUCCCGGAGUGGCUCAUCACCCUGCUCUUCUCCGUGUUCCUCGCCUCCUGCACCGCCAAGACAUGCCGCGCGGGAGUCAAGAUCUGGCGGUCCGAGAGCGGCGGCGCCGGGACCGCGCGCGGCGACCACCACCACGGCAUCGGCAAGGAGCCCCUGCUGCUGCGGCUGCCCCUCGGCACCAGCGACGGCGACGCCGAGGGCGGCGGCCGCGGAAAUGGCGCGGGGUUCCCGUGGGCGGACGUGGCGCUGCUGGUCAUGGUCUGGCUCUGCUUCUUCGCGCUCCAUGUCCUCAUCGGAGACAAGCACGGGAAGGGCGUGAUCAGGAUUAGACCCUGCAGCGUCGCGUACUGGCUGAUCACCUUGUCCCAGCUACCUGCCGCUGUGGCUUUCACAGGGUAUAUUAUACACUCCAAGAGGAAGAAACGCGUUGUUCCUAGCCAAGAGGAUGGCAAGCAGGAAGAUCUUGUGGACACAGGAGUGGAAACCACCCUACCAUCACUUACACUCCCGCUCGCUGCUUUCGUCACUGGGGCUCUGAGUGGCCUCUUCGGCAUUGGAGGAGGACUGCUUCUGAACCCUGUUCUUCUUCAGAUCGGAAUACCCCCGCAGACUGCGGCAGCGACGUCUUCGUUCAUGGUCCUGUUCUGUGCAUCGAUGUCCAUGGUUCAGUUCAUCCUGCUGGGCGUGGAAGGCAUCGGGCAGGCUUCCAUUUACGCUGGGAUAUGCUUCGUUGCCUCGGUUGUUGGGGUCGUCGUGAUCCAGCGAGCCAUCAGGAAGUCCGGGCGGGUCUCGCUCAUCGUGUUCCUGGUCACGGCCAUCAUGGCGCUCAGCACUGUGAUCGUCACCUGCUUCGGAGCGCUAGAUGUCUGGAUGCAGUACACCAGCGGGGAAUACAUGGGCUUCAAGUUACUUUGCUGACAUGGUGUUACUGUUAUGGGCUUCGUUUUGGCUUGUCCUUUUUUGGGGGGGAGGAGGAAGCCUUUAUGGCCUUCUGAAGGAAGAUUUUGCAUUUGUGCUCAUGACCUUGUAAUGUGCGGUUUGGGGCUUACCUUAUACUGAAAUAGUUUUCCUAUCGGUGAGCUUUCUGGAAAGAGGCAUGACUGGUUGUGGGCACUGAUUGUGAUUGUGGCUUCCAGUUUUUCAGAUUUUAUAGUAUGAAUUGUUAUCUGCACUUGUUUACGCUCAGGCAAAAAAAACAAAAAAUCUGCACUCAUUGACCGGUGCUGUGCAUCUGUGCAUGAGUGCAUCCACAGAAUACUUUGAA